AUGGCUUUUCAAGCAAGUGGACGAUGGUCACUCAAGCAGCUCACUGUGUUCUUCUUUGGCACUGGAACGAUGGAGGCUGACUUAAAGCAGGAUGGUACUACAGACUGUCGCAGGUUGAAGAUGGUGUGUGGCUCUGACCUGGUGAUGCUCCAGCUGGAUGGGAGCGUCAUCCCUCUCUGUAAGGCAGGAUGGGUGAUGGUGUCCCUGUUGUCUGGGUUAAAGCGGGCGAAGAAAUGGUUUAGGGUGUCAGAGACAAUUACCAUCGUCAUCAGGGGAGACGUCACUCGUAUCAAUGGAACCAGAUUUACAGACAGGCUCAACACAGACGUGAACACGGGAUCGAUCACCAUCUCAAACCUCACCGUCCAUGACACCGGAGUAUUUUCAGCUCAGUUUUUUACACCAGACGGAGUCUUGAAAAAAGCGUUUGACCUCAUCGUCUACGAUAAUACUAUUGAUGUUAUUGAUGUUGAUGUUCUGGAGGGGAACGAUGUCACUCUGGACCCUAAACUAAACAUGCAACUGAGAAACCCCAAGGUCAGAUGGAUGCAGGGUGAAAGCUGUGUUGGAGAGCCCAUAGUUGUGUUUGAGAAUAAUAUGACCUCUAUUAAGGAAAGCUUUGAGAGUCUCCUGCUGCUGAACCCGUGCACUGCAGAGCUCACCUUCAUCGGCAUAACCAAAGACCUUUCUGGGAGUUACUGUGUCAGGAUAGUGAUAGAGGGGUUCUAUAACAGAAUGACAAAGUUUUUCAUCACUGUCUAUGAUCCUGUUUCUGUUCCACACAUCACUGAAGCCCAGACCGACAUUACAGCAAAGACCAGCAUUGAAACCCAGUCAGCUGUCAGUGGGAUCUGCUCUGCAAGAUGUUGGGUAGAGAAUUCAUUCAAUGUCACCCUGUCAUGGUACGGAGGAAGUGAGAUUAUAAUGAAUACUAGUGACCCAGACGUCUCCAACAACCUAACCCUCACUCUGGAGAUCCAGAGAAAGAAUGAAUCCAUCUACACCUGCAGGGCAGAAAACCCUGUCAGUAACAAGACUGCUGCCCUCAACUCCAGACUGUGGUGUUCAGCUCAUGACAUCACAGGUGACACAGGAUGGAUUAAUAGAGUGAUUGUAGGGGUGGGAGCGCCUGUAAUGGUCCUGGUGAUUGUUGCUGUUGCUCAUUGCUACAGGCAAAGAAACAGAAAUUCAGGAAAUAAUAACUCUUGUUUUGAGAUGCGAGAACAACCCACCAACAACCAAAACCUCCAGGUAUCCUCCUCUGUUUCAUAUCAUAAACUUGGUCAGUCUUUUCAUUAAAUGCAGUUGUUUCCACACAUGAACUUAACAAUUUCAGGAAAAUCAUAUUUUCCACAGUUGCUCUUUCUCACACAAAAAUAAACUUCUUCAGAUUAAAUCUCAGUCCAGCAAAUAUUCUGUUUUAGAUGGUAAAUGGACUGAUUCUUAUAUAGCGCUUUUCUACUCUCACGGAGUUCUCAGAACGCUCUCUACAACUUUAUAAAAAGAACGAUGCAUGAAGU